CAGUCGCCAUGGACAGUAGCACCUGGAGCCCCGCGACCACUGCCACCACCGAGCCCCUGAAGCCCCAUGAGCGCAUCCGCAAUGCGGCUGACAUCUCUGUCAUCGUCAUCUACUUCGUGGUGGUGAUGGCUGUUGGGCUGUGGGCUAUGUGCUCCACUAAUCGUGGGACCGUUGGAGGCUUCUUCCUGGCUGGACGAAGUAUGGUGUGGUGGCCGGUUGGAGCUUCUCUGUUUGCCAGUAAUAUCGGAAGCGGGCAUUUUGUUGGGCUGGCAGGAACUGGAGCAGCUGCAGGCAUUGCCACUGGUGGCUUUGAAUGGAAUGCUCUGAUUUGGGUGGUUGUUCUGGGCUGGCUGUUUGUCCCCAUUUACAUUAAGGCAGGGGUGGUGACGAUGCCAGAGUAUCUGCGGAAGCGAUUUGGAGGCAAGCGGAUCCAGGUCUACCUCUCUAUCCUGUCCCUGAUGCUCUACAUUUUCACCAAGAUCUCGGCAGACAUCUUCUCUGGGGCCAUAUUCAUCACCUUGGCCUUGGGCCUGGAUCUGUACCUGGCCAUCUUUCUCUUACUGGCAAUCACUGGCCUUUAUACAAUCACAGGGGGCCUGGCUGCUGUGAUUUAUACGGAUACCUUGCAGACAGCAAUCAUGCUGGUGGGGUCUUUUAUCCUAACUGGGUUUGCUUUUCAUGAAGUGGGAGGUUAUGAUGCCUUCAUGGAAAAAUACAUGAAUGCCAUUCCGACUGUGAUUUCUGAUGGAAAUAUCACCAUCAAGAAAGAAUGUUAUACCCCGAGGGCUGACUCCUUUCACAUUUUCCGAGAUCCUCUCAAGGGAGACCUGCCAUGGCCUGGGCUCACCUUUGGGCUGUCCAUCCUCGCCCUGUGGUACUGGUGCACAGAUCAGGUCAUUGUGCAGCGCUGUCUCUCGGCCAAAAACAUGUCACAUGUGAAGGCUGGCUGCGUCAUGUGUGGGUACUUUAAGCUGCUGCCCAUGUUUGUCAUAGUGAUGCCAGGGAUGAUCAGCCGCGUCCUGUACACAGAAAAAAUUGCCUGCACCGUCCCCUCGGAAUGUGAGAAAUAUUGCGGCACCAAGGUUGGCUGUUCCAACAUUGCCUACCCGACCUUGGUGGUGGAACUCAUGCCCAAUGGAUUGCGAGGCCUGAUGCUGUCGGUCAUGUUGGCCUCUCUCAUGAGCUCCCUGACCUCCAUCUUCAACAGCGCCAGCACUCUCUUCACCAUGGAUGUCUACACCAAGAUCCGGAAGAGAGCAUCUGAGAAAGAGCUCAUGAUUGCGGGAAGGCUGUUCAUCCUGGUGCUGAUUGGCAUCAGCAUUGCCUGGGUGCCCAUUGUGCAGUCAGCACAAAGUGGGCAGCUCUUCGAUUACAUCCAGUCUGUCACCAGUUACUUGGGACCACCCAUCGCAGCUGUCUUCCUACUUGCUAUUUUCUGCAAGAGAGUCAAUGAGGAGGGAGCCUUUUGGGGACUGGUCAUAGGAUGUAUGAUUGGGCUGGCCCGUAUGAUUACCGAGUUUGCCUAUGGAACCGGGAGCUGCGUGGAGCCCAGCAACUGUCCCACAAUUAUCUGUGGUGUGCACUACUUGUACUUUGCCAUCAUCCUCUUUGUCAUUUCCAUCAUCAUCGUCCUGGUCGUCUCCCUCUUCACCAAGCCCAUUCCAGAUGUGCAUCUCUACCGCCUGUGUUGGAGCCUGCGCAACAGCAAAGAGGAGCGUAUUGACCUGGAUGCAGAGGAGGAGGACAUUCAAGAAGCCCCAGAAGAGACCAUUGAAAUAGAAGUUCCUGAGGAGAAGAAAGGAUGCUUCAGGAGGACCUAUGACCUGUUUUGUGGCCUGGACCAGCAGAAGGGCCCCAAAAUGACCAAGGAAGAGGAGGCAGCCAUGAAGCUGAAGAUGACAGACACCUCAGAGAAGCCUUUGUGGCGGACAGUAGUGAACAUCAAUGGCAUUAUCCUGCUGACCGUGGCCGUAUUCUGCCAUGCAUAUUUUGCCUGAAAUCCUGCCUUCUGCCACAGGCUGUGCCCUGAAGGCUGGACUCUUUACUCUGUUUCCUUUUAGUCCCAUUCUGUGCUGUCAAAGGGACACCAGCCAGUUGUAAAUUUUGCCUAGUCAAUAAAUGUGUACAUUUGUAAUUAGCCAGAAAAAAAAAUCAGUGAUCUGUUAUUAACUUAUGUAUUUGAGGCCAGUGUCAUACAGUCAUCUGUACAUAUCAGAGCUGCAGAAGGAAGUCCACUCAGUCGGAUGUCUAGGAAAAGGCAGACUAAGAAACAGAAGUCCCGUGAUGUCUGAUGCAAGUUUGUCUCAGGUAGAUUCAGCAUGUCAGUGUUGUUUGUGAUCCUUGAAUGUUAUUUUAAGAGUUGUGGUCGCCCUGGUUCCGGCCACUUUCCCUAUAAAACCUCACCUCUCAUAAUUUUUCAAAAGAAAAAAUCCCCCCCCUCCCGAUAUCAUGUCAAGUUUUUCCCGGCACAAGAGUAAUCAAUUUGAUAAGUUGAUGAACACAUUGAAGCUGAGGAUGGAAGUUUGAUGGAGUCCCCAUCCUGGGUCUUUGCUCUCCAAAGGAGAGGUCUGGGAUGGUAAUACUUACCCCCAAAGAGAGGGACCCAGGUGCCAAUCUCAGGCCACUAGGGAAAUCAGGUAAUCUUGAGUCAAGGCGAUUUUCUGCAUUUCUUAGAAGUGUCCAUUGUGAGUUCCUUGGGUUGAGAUUUCAUUCAUUUUGGCAUAUCUUUUGCCUGUACUGUCUUAGUCACUCAGCAAUGUCUGUGGACCAAAUGAAUGAUAUGAACAUUUGUUUAUAAAUGUUUGCUUUAUUUUUGGUUAACUUUUUCUUAUGGCUGCACAAAGUACACACUCUCGUGACUAUAAUGAAUUGGGGUGCAUUUCCAGAGGCCUGUCUUCCUCAUGGUGCCAAUGCUGGCAUACAGGUCUAGAAGCUGACUCUCUCACAUAAUAGAGCAAAUGCACCUCUUGGAGGCAGCCGUCAUCUCAAAGUAACCACACUCUCCUGAAACACUGAAACUUUUUGGCCUGAGACCCUCCUUCUAUGCGCUCACAUGACCAUAGCUCAUAUUUUUUUGAGGUGUCUUGAUUGAUGAUCAUCCACUGACCAAGGUUAGAGUGGGUGGUCUCUGUUCCAGGUGGUAGCACUUGACACUCUUAUUUCUUGUUUCCUAGGGAGAAUUUUUAAAAAUUAAAUUUAAUUAAUUUAAUUCUUUUAAUUCCACCAGUGAAAUAUUAAUUAUAAUAUAAUCCUGUGGAAGUCAUGGUGUUGGUAUUGACUGGUUUCAAGCUAGCUUGGAAAAGAGAAGUGAUCUGAGAUUCUGUGGAGCUAAGAGCGGUUCCUUGGGUAUAAAAGUGGCUUAACAGGUAUACAAUGGCUUGUUCUUGUAUAAGGAAAAGAAAAUUUUGAUAUGCCCUUAUAUUCCCCUUAAAGCUCAGGCAGAGAAGAUGGAAAAGUGGAGAAUUUCACAUUAUUCAGAGUACUUGUGGGAGUUUGUGAUGUUUUUGAGCUUUGAGAGGAUAAAGAGGGAUUAUAGAAAGUUGGGGAAUGGAACAGGCAUAAAGUAUCUAGAUUGUCCUAGAUUCUGUUUCCGACUUUGCCAAUGAUUCACUGUGUAUAUUGCAGUAAAUUAUUUUGUCUCAACUGUGUAUUUUCCUCUUUGAAAAAUGGAGACCUUGGUGCUUAUAGCAUCUACCUACCUCCUCUGGGUGUGACAAGGUCAUUUUGAAAAGGGUUAGGAUAUACAUACAUGAAAGAUGCCAAGCAAAUGUUAUAUUAAGCUUCAUUAAUGUAGUCCCAUACAUUAAAUUUUACUACUUUGGUAAAAAUAAAAGACAUUAAAAAUGAU